AUGGGUGCUGGAGCCUCAUCCGCCGCGGAAGCCGCCAAGAACGCCACUGUGGAGGAGCUCAAGGCUGCGAUCGCUGCAGCCACACCUGAGGAGCAGAAGAAGUUGGCCGAUGCCCUGAAGGCCCUGGAAGGUGGUUCUGCUUCGGCCUGCCCGGGUCCCGUGGACUGCUCCGCCUUGAAGGUGGUGGCCAAGGACUACAAGGGCCUGCUUGCGCAGCCGGCAGAGCCCAAGUUCAAGGGUGCGCUCUGCCAGAUCUUUGUCCGCAGUGCUCCAUACGGCGGCUCUGACAAGAGCAACAACGGCCACCGCUACGACUCCAUUCCAUUUGCCAAUGGCAUGAUCACUUCUGGGAUGAGCUGCCAGUUGAUCCACUACACCCAUGAGGAGCACGACAAGUUCUUCGAGGUGUGCAAGGCAUUCAACUUCAUCAUUGUCCGCUGCAACCCUGGCCAGAUCAAGGCCGAUGGUGGUGAUCAGCAGAAGUUCGAU